CAAGAAAUAAAGGAAAGUAAUACUGGUGAAAAGCGAGCGGAAAGCUUUCGUGGUGAUCAUUUCGAAGAAUCAGUCAAAGCAAAAAAUAAACAAUCUUUUCAUUGGACUACAGGCUCUUGCGCUCUUUUAGUAAUUCCGGUAACCGCGUUUCUUCUUGGAUGCUGGCAAAUAUAUCGUCUAAGAUGGAAAUUAGAUCUUAUCAAUAAUUUGUUAUCGAGAACAGAAAGUGAAGCAAAACCAUUUCCUUAUGACAAGUAUAUUGAUUCUCUCAAAGAUAUGGAGUACUGUCGUUUGAAUGUUGAGGGAGAAUUUUUAAAUGAUCGAGAAUUCUUGAUUCGUCCACGAGGGCGUUUUGAUAAAAGUGGUCUAAUAGGAAAUUUUAAUAUUUCUAGUCAUGGUGCACAUAUUAUCACACCAUUUCGUUUACGACAUUCUGGGCUAGUGAUACUUAUCAAUCGAGGUUGGGUUCCGUCAGAUAAAUUACAAACUGAGUCUCGACGUUUUGCUCAAAUCGAAGGACCUGUCUCUUUCGAUGCAAUCGUUCGCGUUUCUGAAAAUAGGCCACAAUUUGUUUCGCAGAAUCGGCCUAACGAAGAUGUAUGGUUUUAUAAAGAUUUAGAUGCAAUGGCCAAGCGCUAUGGAACAGCGCCUAUCUUUCUGGAUGCUUGUUAUGAAUCAACGAUAGAAGGUGGUCCAAUCGGUGGUCAGACAAAUAUUUCGGUCCGAAAUGAUCAUCUUUCCUAUUUAAUUACCUGGUUUUCGUUAUCAGCAGUAACCUUAGCAAUGUGGAUUGUGAAAUUUCGAAAAUAG